GCUAAUCACUUUUAAAAAGACAAAAAGGCCCCUCCAAACAGAAUACGUUUUGUUGUCCUUCUGCGGUUUGGUUGUUUGGAGCCCUAGUUUGGCAUCGGAAAUCAGCAGCUGCAAAGCGCGAACAAGAACCGCCAGGCGUGCGGUUUAUUAUUCCGCAUAUUCUUCUCUAUCUCUCUCUCUCUCUCACUCUCUGAACCCUCAGGGUUUUCAGAUAGGAUUUUAGGGUUUUCGGAUUUUGUUUCAGUUUCAAGGCGGUUUCAUAACGAGAUCUGUUAGAGGUUGCGUGGCCAGCGGAGCUGGUUGUAGUGGAUUAGGAAAUGGGAGUUCCAGCUUUCUAUCGGUGGUUGGCGGAGAAGUAUCCGUUGGUGGUGGUCGAUGUGAUUGAAGAAGAGCCCGUCGUAAUAGACGGCGUUUCAAUUCCCGUCGAUACCAGCAAACCAAAUCCAAACGGUCUAGAAUUCGACAAUCUCUACCUCGACAUGAACGGGAUUAUUCACCCUUGUUUUCACCCCGAAGAUAGGCCUUCCCCAACAACUUUUGACGAGGUAUUUCAAUGUAUGUUUGACUACAUUGAUAGAAUUUUCGGGAUGGUGCGGCCUCGGAAGUUACUAUUUCUGGCUAUUGAUGGUGUUGCCCCGAGGGCAAAAAUGAAUCAACAACGGUCUAGGCGUUUUAGAGCAGCAAAAGAUGCAGCAGAUGCGGCAGCUGAAGAAGAACGUUUGCGUGAGGAGUUUGAAAGGGAGGGCAGAAAUCUUCCUCCCAAACAGGAGUCACAAGUUUUUGAUUCAAACGUUAUCACUCCUGGGACUGAAUUUAUGGCUGCUUUGUCAAUUGCAUUGCAGUACUAUAUUCAUAAUAGAUUAAACAAUGAUCCUGGUUGGAAAAAUAUUAAGGUUAUCCUCUCUGAUGCAAAUGUUCCGGGCGAAGGAGAACACAAAAUUAUGUCAUAUGUUCGUCUUCAAAGAAAUCUUCCUGGUUAUGAUCCAAAUACACGCCAUUGUCUGUAUGGUUUGGAUGCUGAUUUAAUUAUGUUGGCUUUGGCUACACAUGAAGUUCAUUUUGCAAUCCUUAGAGAGAUUGUAUUCACCCCAGGUCAGCAAAAUAAAUGCUUCCUUUGUGGUCAGAUGGGUCAUUUAGCUGCAGAUUGUGAAGGAAAGGCAAAGAGGAAGGCUGGAGAACUUGAUGAGAAAGGUGGUGAUGUGGCCAAGAAACCAUACCAGUUUCUCAACAUUUGGACUCUUAGAGAGUAUUUGGAAUAUGAGAUGAGACUUCCUGACCUUCCAUUUGAGAUUGAUUUCGAGUGCAUUGUGGAUGAUUUUAUAUUCAUAUGUUUCUUUGUGGGCAAUGAUUUCUUACCACAUAUGCCAACAUUGGAGAUUCGUGAGGGAGCAAUCAACUUGCUUUUGGCAGUGUACAAAAAGGAAUUAAAGGUGAUGGGUGGGUAUUUGACCGACUCAAGUAAGCCAAAUUUGAGCCGGGUGGAACAUUUCAUCCAGGCAGUUGGAUCUUAUGAAGAUAAGAUUUUCCAGAAAAGAGCUCGAUUGCAUCAGCGACAGGCAGAGAGAAUAAAGCGUGAAAAGGCUCAAACAAGAAGAGGAGAUGAUGCAGAGCCUCAAGCUCAACCAGACUUACUGGUUCCAAUUUCUCGAUUCGAUGGGUCUCGUCUUGCUUCAGGUCCUAGACCUUCACCAUAUCAACAAUCAGGAUCUGGCUACAGUUCUAAGAGCUCCACAUCUCUUAGAAAAGAAUCACAAGUUGGACAAGCCACAACUGAUUUAUCCGAGCUGAAAAUUAAGAACAAUCAAUCUUGGGAGUCUAAUGGCACUCAACGUGCUAGUAAAGUCGCACGUUUAUCUUCGAGUGCUACUGUUGGCGCUGCUAUUGUUGAAGCUGAAAACAGUCUUGAAAUAGAUUUGCAAGACAAUAAAGAAGAAUUGAAAGCAAAGCUCAAGGAGAUACUUCGUGAAAAGUCUGAUGUUUUUAACUCCAAAGAUGCAGAUAUUGAUAAGGUUAAAUUGGGGGAUCCAGGGUGGAAAGAUAGAUAUUAUGAAGAAAAGUUUUCUGCGAAAACUCCUGAGGAGCGUGAAGCAGUACGGAGGGAUGUUGUUUUGAAAUACACAGAAGGCCUAUGUUGGGUCAUGCACUAUUAUUAUGAAGGGGUUUGUUCUUGGCAAUGGUUUUAUCCCUAUCACUAUGCACCAUUUGCCUCCGAUCUCAAGGAUCUUGGUGAGCUGAACAUAAGCUUUAAUUUGGGUUCUCCCUUCAAACCAUUCAAUCAGCUGUUGGGAGUUUUCCCUGCUGCAAGCUCCCAUGCUCUUCCGCUUCAUUAUAGGAAAUUGAUGACUGAUCCAGAUUCACCAAUUAUUGAUUUUUACCCCACUGAUUUUGAAGUGGAUAUGAAUGGGAAAAGGUUCUCUUGGCAGGGUAUUGCAAAAUUGCCUUUUAUUGAUGAAGACCGUCUUCUUGAGGAGGUUGGAAAAAUAGAACAUACUCUGACGGAGGAGGAAGUCCGGAGAAACACUGUGAUGUGUGACUUGCUGUUUGUGAUGUCUUCUCAUCCUCUCUCUGUAUGCAUAUAUUCUCUUGACAAUCGUUGUAAACAGUUGAGUGACAAAGAACGAGCUAUGGUUAAGGAACCAAUUGAUCCCAACCACAGGUCUACAUGCAGUGAAGGGAUGAAUGGAUAUCUGUCUCCAUGUGGCGGAGAACCCUGCCCUCCUGUUUUUCGGUCUCCUGUUGCAGGCAUGGAAGAUAUCAUGCACAACCAAGUCAUAUGUGCUAUAUACAGACUUCCAGAUAAACACAAGCAUAUUACCCGACCACCUGCAGGUGUUAAGUUCCCUAAGAAGACUGUGGCAUUUGACGAUCUCAAACCUGAACCUGUUUUAUGGCAUGAAGACUCGGGGAGGAGGCAUGUGGAAAAUGGACGGCACAACCAUUCUGGAACCAUUUCUGGCCGACAGCUUGGGGAAGCAGCACACCGGCUUGUUGUUAAUAGCUUACAGGUGAAGGGAGACUAUAAUGGUUAUGGCAAUCAGACACAUGCUGUCAUACCAUCUUAUGCUGGGCGUCCUCUUUAUCCACCACCCGAUCCUUACGCCAAUAAUCACAUUUACUUUGACGACGAUUGUCAAAUGGGAGCAUCUUCUAGAGCAGCUCACCGUCAUCAAGGGCAACAACACAGACCAUCAAAUUAUGAUAAUAGCAUUCAAAGUCAGAGUAAUAGCAUGUACAAUGAGUACCGGGGUUCAACCGCUGCUGCUCGGCAUCCUAGUAAUUAUAGGUCUCAUUCUCAACAGUACGGAAGAAAUAGCCGGGACCAAUUGGCUUCAUCCCACGGUGGCGGGGAACGUCCCAACCAUGUACAGUAUCAUCAGUCGGGAGGAAUUCAUCAAGAUGUUGGGCCCAUUUACUCACAUGGUCAUAGACCCACAUCACAAGUGCCUCCACCUGGAGUUGCUUACCAUCCUUAUCAAGGUGGUUACAAUUUCAACAACCACUAUCAUCAGAACUACCAACCAUCUGGAGCUGCUGGUUAUCAAUGGCGUGGGGGUGGUAGUCGGGGUGGCUGGGCUCCACAGCAAUCCCAGAGUGUUGGCAGGGGGUAUAGUCGCCCUCAUCAACAUUCAGGCAAUCAAUACUCUGCCUUGGAUAGAAGAUCAAACAGACCCACGCCACCUGGUUAUGGCCGCUAAUUGAAAUUUUUGUACUAUAGUCACGCCUUAAUUGGCUGAAAAUUGUAUGGUCAGUUUUUUAUUUUUCUUUUUCCAUUUUCUUUUUUCCCCUUUAAAGUUUAUUUGAGUAGGCCUUUUCAUCUCUGUCCGCGUUAUCAAUUUGUUAAAACCAAGUUAUAAAUGCAAUCCCAAUAUUGCCAUCA